AUGCAAGAACGCACUACUGCUAUUAAUAUUGAGAUUCUCUCGUGUAGGCCAUGGCAGCCGCGUGUGGCGGUGCGAUUUGGCGGCCCGCACUGUGAUUGGCAAUGGGUGGAAGUUCCCACACGUGCCCCGAUAACACUCUCGCGGCCUAAUUCCUCUGCUAUUGCUAGUGUAGAUAGUCUUAACAAAGAGAAGAAAGAUGUGGAUACAUCCAUGUAUGAGUUACUUAUUGCCCCAUCUCCAGUUAGGUUUCAUAGUGGAGAUAGAUCUAAUACCGUUGUAGUGUUAGAUGCUAGUUGUGAGCCUAAGGAACCUGUUACUCUUCGUGUGCCAGGUGAUGGUGAGAGGUUUUUUCAAGUAGUGUUACUCUGGACCGUGUGUCCACAAUUGCUGUCAUUAGAUAAAAAUAAAAAUAAUAAUAAUAAUGGGGGAAGUUGGGAUUAUCACAAACGUAAGGAGUUAUCGGUAGUUACAUGUGGUCCAAUGGUAGAAGAAAAUUCGGAUUCCAUGAAUUUGGGUUCUGGAGGGCCUUUUCUAGUAGGACAAAAAAGCCCUUCUGUUAAGAUUAUAAUGGAUGACACUAAACAUACCCACAAACUCCAUAAAAAGAAAAUAUCGGAGGAAGAUUAUCAAAUGAAGAGGAAUAAAAACAAAAGGAGUUAUAUUUCAGAGAAAUUAUUAUCGUCAUCAUCUUCUCCCAUAGGGAAACCGCCGCAGCCACAGCCACAGCGGCAGUUAUCAACAGCAUCCAAUCUCUUUGCUGGUGUACCACCACAUCGAUUUAUUCUUCUCAUCACAUUAGUUUCUCUUAGUCCCCGAAAUGCGGCACCAAACCGCAUUGUAGAGAUCAUUCUCUCACUUGAUCAGGGAAAUGAUGAAGUAUUGCCACUCCUUCACACAAGAGCCGCAACACGUGAGAAUGCUGCGAAGAUUCCUCAAAUGAGUCAACCCAUUCUUCUCCCCUUUUCUUCACUUCAUCAUGCGGAACUAAAGGAGGAUAAUGUUUCUGAGGAGAUGUUCCACAUUCGAUGCUCAGUGCUGGAGUCCUACACACAACGCAGCAACACCACUCCCCGUAGUUCAACACAUGGAGGAAUGCUUCGAUACUCUUCAUCAUCAUCAUCUAACGAUAGUGAUAAUAAUGAGGAUAUAAAAAAGGAAAGAAGUAACUCUGCUGAGGAAUGUGUAUUCUUGAUUGGCGAAGGUGAGAUUUCGUUAGGUACACCACCUCAUCUCGGUGGUUUACAGAAUGGUGGAGAUCAUCAGAUGGUACAAUGGACACCGCAUCCAUAUAUUGAAGAUGCUGUUAUUGCCAAAGAAACCAUACACUGUGAUGCAGACGAUGUAGAAGUUGCUUUUACAAUGAUGACUGUUUCGGCGUAUCGUGAAGCCCUUCUUAACUAUGAGGCUGUAAGCAAAUUAGGUGAGGGAAGUGUUAUUGAGGUUCGCGUAGAGGAAAUAGAGAAAGGUACUGUAUCUACUUCCCCUCAAAAAUCACCACCACCCACAGUAGUAGAGAUGUGGUUUGCUCUCCCUCCUGAAGAUAAAGGAGAAACAUUCAAUGACAUUAUAUCUACUGAUCCUGGUCCUGCGGUGUGUCGACAUUUAUUGAUUACCUCAAAUCAUCCAAGUUUUGGUAUUGGAAUACAAUCUGUUUUUUUUCCUGCUAUUUCCCCUUUUGCACGACUUUCUGUACUUAUUCAACAAUACAAUGCAGUAGAUGGCCAGGAGUCUAUGCUGUUGUGUCACGAUCCUAUCGCUAUUGAUAUGACGCGACCAGGAAAGUGGAUGCCACUUUCACUGCAAUUAAAGGACCAUCAUGAUAAUAUUAUCUCUCUUAAUCUUCAAUACCGUUUAGGAAAUAAUUCUUUUUUAUCUUGUGGACCUUCUAUAAGUACACCUUUCCUUAGUAGAAGUUAUACCUUUCGUCUUUGUGUACCAAAUUGUCAAAAUCUCAUCUCUUUGCUAUCAUAUCCUGAUGCCCCUUCUGCUCAGGCACUACGUAUCAUCAUCUCAGAUGCAAGAGACAACACAGCAGAGGCCGUUUCACGUGUUGUGGAUCACACCGAACUGUUGUUACUCAGAAAUUUGCAAGAUGAGUCAAGUCUUGAGCUUUGUUUUAAUCGAACCUCUUUUGUUUACAACGUAAAGGGUAUGGGAUAUUUGGGUAACACCGUCUCUAAUAAUAAUAAUAAUAAUAAUAAUAAUAAUAAUAAUAAUAAUAAUAAUAAUAAUAAUAAUAAUAAUAAUAAAAGGGGUGAUGGUAGUAUUGAGUUGCGGUGUAAGGUAUUAGCAUUUGCCACUCGCACAGAGGCGGAUCGAUUGCAUAAUCCAUUUUGCAUUGGCGAAGGUCAUAUUCUUCUUUUACCUUCUCGUUUGGAAUCUGAUAAUGAUAAAGAAUGUUCAUCACCAAUUGAUGUUCAAAUGGCUAUUGACUCUGUAACUCCAUCUUGUACAAAUUACGCUAUUCUGCAUCUUUGUGGAAGAGUGGAGUAUGCCAAUCAUGAGGAGAAUGAUAAUGUACUUUGUAUCCGCUCUCUACACUUGUUACGUCAUUCAUAUACUGUAGAGUCCCAAAUCACAGAGGUUAAGAAUCCUAGAAUCAUAUUGGGUAUAUGGUUUAAACCUGGAAAAAAUGAAGCUAGAAGUAAACAAUCAAAGUAUUUCUUUUGUUGCUUUUAUCCAAUGAUAAUGGGAACCUCGUCAUCACAAGAACAGGAACAAGAGUAUAUGCCAAUUCAAUAUAAUGAAUUUCUUCUAUGUUCUUCUGAUAAGGAGUUAACACUAUGUAUUGCACUCGUUCCCCAUAUUUCAACUUCAUCUCAAGUGAAUAAUAAUGAUAAUGAUAUCCGUAAAGCCUUUGGAACUUCACUUAAGAAUUUGAAAAAACAUCUGAAUCAACGCAAGAAAAUGGGAGUAGCAGAAAUUCAUAAUGAUUCUUCCAUAAUAUGGCCUGGAAAAUACUUUGAAAUUGAUCUCACUCCUUCUCAUGUUACUUCCGGUCUUGUUGCUGGGAUAACACGUGUAAAUGAGGAAUUCCUCUUACGUAUACAGGCGGAAUGGAUUAAAGCCUCACUAAAGGAGGAACUAGUACCAAUAACAUAUCAACCAUCACCGUGGCUUUGGGCAAUCCGUAUGACAAGAACUAUCCCAACAUCAUAUGCAAUGUAUUAUAUUGUACGUAUUGCCAGUGAACCUAUCGGAUAUGAUGAACCUGUAGAAGAACCUCCACCAACACGGUCUAUUUCUAGUGAUAUAAAUUCAGCAGGUAGAAAUCACUUUCGACGUAAACAGCAUCACUUGACUAUAUCAUCACCUUCUUUUCAAGAGGAUAAUGAUAAUGCACUUGCUUCUUCUUCUUCUUCCUCUUCUUAUGUUACUACCGUACGUCUAUCCACAUCAAUACCCUCUACAACUUCAUUGGUUCGGACAGUUUUUGUCUUUGGAGAUGCCUGUACUACACGUACUCGUAUUUUAAUCAGUGAAAAUGGGAGACACAUGUGGUCUAUUAUUGCUGAUGGUCUUGAUAGACAAGGGACACUCCUUUCCGAAAGAGAAGCAACUGCUAUUAACUGGUAUCAUGGAUCAUUAGAAAUUGAUCCAUACAAAGAGCAGCAUCAACGUGCGGAGGGAGAAAGACGAUGGCGUAAACUGUUAAAGGAAGAAGAAGGACUACGACGGAAUUGUCCAGGUCCUCUCAUUGUUCCAUUCAUAACGUCCACAAUAACAACAGCAGUAACAGAAAUAGGAGGAGGAAAUAGUGAAUUAGCUGUUAGUUAUCACACACUAACCCGCUGUGGAUAUGAUGGGGCACUACUAUUGGGUGGAAUCCCGGUGCGAAGUGCUCCUUCUGUGUAUUAUUAUUCCUUUAAUGAUAAUGAAUGGUUUCCUGUUUCGUUAGAAGUGAUACCACCACAGAGUCAAUUUCAUCCUUAUUCUCAUCCUCAACAAUGUUGGAGAGACCUUAAUGUGAACUUCGCAGCACGUCAGGGACAUACCGCAGUGUACUGCCCAACUAUAAAUGCUGUUUAUGUAUAUGGUGGAAUUGCUACUGGAAAAAAUGUCCCGAUAAACUGGAAAAGUAACGGUAUUAGUAGUAAUAAGAGAAAUAAUGACAUUUAUAAUUGCAAUAAGAGUGAUUAUGAUAGUGAUGAUGAUAAUAAUAAUAAUAAAAGGUCUCAAUCUGUUCUUAAAAAAACUCACUCCUAUAAACACAUGUCAUAUUUAAACGAUGUAUGGUGUAUUCACCUCCUUGAUAGUACUGCAGAAUGCAUAGAAACAGUAUAUUCAUCAGGUAAUCAUAUAUCCGUGAAUAAGGCUCGAUGGAGGCACUCCGCAGCAUAUUAUAAUAACAAUAUGAUUGUAGUGGGAGGUAAGACACCGCAUUAUCGAGAGAAACAUCAUAAAUCAUACCCCUCUCAUUCAGUAAAUAAUAAUAGGGAGGAACAAGAAGAAGAAAAGAAAGAAUGGGAUGUAACCGUCGUAUAUGAAAAUAAUGGAAAAAAGAAACAAGAAGAGGAUGAAGAGGAUGAGGUAUGUAGCUGUAAUGAACUUUUAGUAUUAAACUUACGUAUGCAUACUUGGUUUACAUGGUCCUGUGAAGGUUCUGUUCGCCCUGAACCACGCUACGGCCACGCAACAAGCACAAGAGGAUCUCUCAUGUUUAUGUAUGGCGGCAUGUCAAGUGCAGAGAAACUAUUGGAUGAUCUUCACGAGUUAAAUAUGGAAACACGUACAUGGAAACGUAUUCUACACAACGGGACAAUAGCACCACCUCCUAUGCAUCUCGCCGCUCUUAAUGCGGUGAUCAUUGAAGAAACCCCUUGUCUCCUACUCAUUGGCGGAGAAUCUGAAGCCCCAAGUCAUCCGUUACGAAUGUUUCUCUUCUCUCAGGUUUCUCAAUUCUGGCGUAAAAUUGAGUUUGCAACUUCACCCGGUCCCACACGUAUGGGAUUGGCUAUCUGUGAUGCCACAACAGUAAAGAUGCGACGACAACAACAACAACAAAACGAAAAAGAACAACAACAUUCCCAUAUUCGACAUAUCCGCAAACGACUACCAUUUCGGAAUAUAUCCCUCCUCAAGCUACUAGUAGUUGGUGGGGAAAAAGUCAUCAACAGCUCCAAACACCUUGAACGGUAUCAUUACAAUCGGCAAGAGGAUCCAAAUGAAUUCUUAUCUCGUCCAUAUCUCAUCAACCUCGCACGCGAUCACCAUAUCUCUGCAGUUCAUCAUGAGAACUCCACAAGAGGACGGAUAUCUGCAUCUCCCAUCUCACCUACAACACCAAGUCCAACCCCGAGCUACAGCACACAACACAGCAAUAUUAGAUACGCAACACCACAAACACGAGGCAGAACGCGUUUCAGAGAAAUACACCGCUCCCGCGCCACAACACCCUCCGUUCUCACACGAAAGGAACAGGAAGACCUUAUCAAUAGACUGUAUUACUAUGAAAUGAGUAUACAACAACAACGGAAGCAAAUCUUAAAUCCGCAACCGCCCUCACACAAGCGUCGCCAACCUUCACGACCACGUCAACCACCAACCCCUGGACGCACAAUAUCCAUAUCGCACAGCAACACCUCGUCGACAACGCCAACUCGAAAUCAUCACUACCACCACCAACAACGACGCAAACAACAACAAAACGACGACCAGCAGAACAACUCCACCGAAGACAUCGAAAAGCACACACCAAAAAAGGUACACAACGAUAAAAAUCGACUAGUAGAAUGCGAGCUUAAAAAAGCAAGAAAACAAAUACAAGAUACAAUCAUACAUGAACACACCAUAAAUGACUCAAAUAAAAUAAGAGACACACCAAUGAGCCACACACCACACACCCACACAUACCAAAGGCAAACCAACCACUCAAUACUACAAUCACCAUCACCACUAAAAACAGAACGACCAUCAACAGAAAACCAUUCACACAACAGGUGGAAACAGCAAAAGAAUUCCACAACAAAUCAAAUGAAAACCAUAAAGCCCUACAACCUCGUAAACGAAACUGACAACGAAAACUCAACAACAAAAGACCCACCUACAACACCUGAGGUAACAGUGCAGCAGCACCCAGUCGAUACAGUGCCCACAGCCAGUAAAUCCUCAGAAGAAGAGGAUAAAGAGGAAGCACCAUCCACCCCUGAGGUAACAGUGCGGCAGCAGCCAGUCGAUACAGUGCACACAGAGAGUGAAUCCUCAGAAGAAGAGCAUAAAGAGGAAGCACCAUCCACCCCUGAGGUAACAGUGCAGCAGCAGCAGCCAGUCGAUACAGUGCACACAGAGAGUGAAUCCUCAGAAGAAGAGGAGAAAGAGGAAGCACCAUCCACCCCUGAGGUAACAGUGCAGCAGCAGCAGCCAGUCGAUACAGUGCACACAGAGAGUGAAUCCUCAGAAGAAGAGGAGAAAGAGGAAGCACCAUCCACACCUGAGGUAACAGUGCAGCAGCAGCAGCCAGUCGAUACAGUGCACACAGAGAGUGAAUCCUCAGAAGAAGAGGAGAAAGAGGAAGCACCAUCCACCCCUGAGGUAACAGUGCAGCAGCAGCAGCCAGUCGAUACAGUGCACACAGAGAGUGAAUCCUCA